GGAAACAUGUCAAGUUUAGUUUCUUUUUAGCAUUUCAUUUAUUAAAACAACACAGAACAAUAUAACUGUAGUAUUACGUCAGCUUGUCCCUGUUUGCUUUAGCAGUAGUGUCUUUUUUCGAGUUUGGAGAAUAGCUAGAAAAGCUUUGACAGAUCAUUAAUAAUGUCUAAAGCUGCAGUUCCUCUGCGAAUUCUCUGUAUUCACGGUUAUCGACAGAAUGGGAACUCUUUUAGAGGGAAGACAGGAGCAUUGCGCAAAUUAUUAAAGAAACAAGUGGAGCUGGUGUAUAUUAGUGCACCACACCAAGUUCCUGCAAUUCAAAACGAAACCAAUCAGGGGCCUGAGAAGACGGCCGGUGGUGGUGAUGAGGACCAGAGGGGCUGGUGGUUCUCUGAUGUCCAGGCACGAAGUUUCAACGCUCAGCAGGAGUGUGAGAGCAGCCUGGGUCUGGAAGAGAGUAUAGAGACUGUGAAAACUGCAGUGAAGGAACUUGGCCCCUUCGAUGGCAUCCUGGGCUUUAGUCAAGGUGCCGCCCUGGUGGCUAUGCUGUGUGCCCUGCAAGAACAAAAACUAGAGGCUGAUUUUAAUUUCCGCUUUGCCAUCCUGGUCGCCGGAUUCCGCAGCGUCUGUUCCCAGCAUCGUCGGUUUUACGAAGGGCCGGCGAUAACAAUCCCCUCUCUGCAUGUGUUUGGACAGGAUGACCAUGUAAUUCCAGAGGAGAUGAGCCGAGAUCUGCUGCCAGCGUUUGAUGGAGCUCAAAUCCUCAUUCAUCUUGGUGGACACUUUGUUCCAGCGGCAUCUUCACACAGGCAGACAUACCAAGACUUCCUCAAGAAGUUUGAGUGAGAGGAUAAAAGAGUAUCUCAGAUUUCCUGGAAUAAGUCAGGUCUACAUUAAAUGUAAAUCUUGAAAAAUAGCUACAUUAUGAAAGCCUUGGAAACUGAACGGUCAAUAAUAAUAUGUUUUACACUGUUC